AUCUUCAUCCUCUUUCGUCCCCCCAGGCUGCUUGGGGUGGUUUGGUCGGGCUCCCUCGCCGCGCCGCCGCCUCCUCCUCCUCCCUCGUGCUCGGCGGGCAUCUCUUGCCUUCCCUCCCCUUCCCUUCUCACCCGUAUAAGUAUAGGAUAUCGCCCUCCUCUCCUCGGGGUCGUCGCGUCUUCUUCCUCCUUCCCUGCCUGCCUGCCCUGGAGUAAGGAAGCAGACAGCAGCGCACCGGGCUCGGCUGUCAAAUUCUCUAUUUGGCAGCCAGCCCGUGUCCAACUCAAUCCUCCUAUUUCGAAUUUUACCUACACCACCUGUCCUCUUCUCGGGUCAACUGCGCCGCACAUAAAAGAAAAGCCAAUUCAAUUUAUGCAAACCGCGUGUUAGGACGGACGGACGGACAGCUAACCUUCCUUCUUUCCUUCCUGUGAAGCAGGGCAAAGGUGAGGCAGAUAAAUAACGUGCGCAAGUUCCUCCUUGGCGUGUGACAAGAAUCUCGUUGCUUCUGAGAGGCUCCACAACCCAUGAUGGCUUCCUUCUCAGGACCCCUCCACCGCCCCCUCUCCGCCAUGGCCAUCGCAGCCUUCGCCGCCGUCUCCUCCCUCGAGCUGCCCGACAAGUUGUCCCACCACAAGCUUUCUGAUGCAAGCGCGAAAGCAGAUGCGCUUGUGUCACUUCGAGCCACCAGGACAAAUGUUCCAGCGGCGCCUUCAGCCUCUGCCCUGUCUGUGCAGCUAUUGCCACGCAAUCUCCAGAGUUUGCAACCGUUGAAGGCUCCGUUCGCGUCUUUGCCGGUCAUCCAGACGGUUUACCAGUAUGCAAGGUUUACCAAGACCUCGGAACAAGACGAUGCGAUGCCCGGAAUUCCUUCCUCGUCGUCUGAUGUGCUGUACCGCUGGCAUCUGCCGGACCCCAGGGUCUGUGCCGAAUUCCCUGACAAGUCUCAGACGGUGGUGGUUCUUCUUGGGUGGCUGGGCUCAAGGCAGAAGCAUCUCAAGAGAUAUGCUGAUUGGUACACCUCCAGGGGCUUCCAUGCUGUCACUUUCACUCUCCCAAUGUCUGACAUCCUCAGUUAUAACCUUGGAGGGAAGGCUGAGAAGAAUGUAGAGAUGCUAUCUGAACAUCUUGCUGGCUGGGUAAGGGAGGAGAGUGGGAAGAAGAUUAUUUUUCACACCUUCAGUAAUACUGGUUGGCUUUGCUAUGGCGUAAUUCUGGAGAACCUACAACGGCAGGAUGCUUCAGCAGUGGAGAAAAUUAAAGCUUGUGUAGUAGACUCUGCACCUGUUGCUGCACCUGAUCCUCAGGUUUGGGCCUCUGGCUUCUCAGCUGCCCUCAUGAAAAAACGUAGUAGCACCACAAAAGGACUAGGAUCAAUUGAUUCAAGGUCUGAUGUCCUAGUUGUGGAGUCUAACAUGGAGCCCAAGCCGGCAGCAACAGAGGCAGUUCUGCUAUCAGCUUUGGAGACCUUUUUUGACGUUGUUUUGAACUAUCCAAGGAUCAACAGGAGGUUAUCUGAUGUCAUGGAGCUUUUGUCGUCGAAGCAACCAAAGUGCCCCCAACUGUACAUAUACAGCUCCGCUGACAGGGUCAUCCCAGCAAAAUCAGUGGAGUCAUUCAUCGAGGUGCAGCGGAGAGCGGGGCGCGAGGUGAGAGCCUGCGACUUUGUGUCGUCGCCCCAUGUGGAUCACUACCGGAGCAAUCCUGGGUUGUACACCUCUCAGCUGAGCAACUUCUUGGAGGAAUGUGUCCUUACAAACCGUCGCCAGAAUGCAGGGUCAUCAUGAUAAUCACGUUGUUGCAGCAGAAUACAAAACAGUUGGUUGUUUUAUUCUUUUGCUCCAUGGUCUUGAAUUGAAAUGUAUCAGGGAUAUACGCCGGUCGGUUAUACCAGGAGACUCUGACAUGUUCUUGUUCUUCCCCUUUGCGGGGCUGACUCUAGCCUCUAGGCGCACAGUUGUAAAAAACGUUGAGAUAACAAAAAGGAAAAUGAGAUUCAAUUCUCUGUU